AUACAUUAUGCGCUCUCUUGGUGUCAUCAAAUCUUACCCCAACAACCCUCGUGUGGCAAAGGCUCUGAUUACAGCUGCCUUUACUGGUACCACAUUCGAUGUCCAGCACAUCAACCUUCAAACCGAAAGAGAUGCCGAGUUCUAUGCCAAGCAUCCCAUGGGAAAGGUCCCAGUCUUUGAGAGCCCCGAAGUCAACCUGUUCGAGUCCUCUGCUAUUGCUUACUAUGCUGCUUCUCAGGAACACUCGCGUCUGUUGGGCUUUACCGCAGUCGACAAGGCCUUGAUCAUCCAAUAUGCCUUGUUCGCUGAGAACGAAAUCCACGGCCCAGCCAGCGAAUGGCUUUUGCCUUUGCGCGGUCUGCGCCCUUACCUGAAGCCCAAUGUCGAUGCUGCCCAAGAAAAGGUCAAGCGCACCCUCGGAGCGCUCGACAAGAUUCUCUUGACCAAGACUUAUCUGGUUGGCGAGGAAAUCACCUAUGCUGACAUCUGUGUCGCCUGUGCGCUGGUCCCCCUGUUCACCUUGCUUCUCGACAAGCCUCUCCGCGACGAGUACAAGAACGUGACACGUUACUUUAGAACCCUGACCGGCCAAAAGAACUUCAAGACCCACCUGGGCGACAUCGCCCUGUGCGAGACUCCUCUCAAGUACACUCCUCCUGCCAAGAAGGAUGCCAAAAAGGAUGCCAAGCCUGAAAAAAAAGAGGCCAAGCCCGAAAAGAAAAAGGCCGAAAAGAAACCAACAGAAGCAGCAGCAGAUGAUGAUGAUGAUACUCCAAAGCCUGCCCCCAAGGUCAAGUCUGCUCUUGAUCUCUUGCCUCCCUCGAAAUUUGUGAUGGAUGAGUGGAAGCGCAUGUACUCAAACAACAAGACCGACGUGGCCAUGAAGUGGUUCUGGGAACACCACGAUCCUCAGGGUUACUCGCUCUGGCGCGUGGACUACAAGUACAAUGACGAGCUGACUCUGGUCUUUAUGUCCUGCAACCUCAUCGGUGGAUUCUUUGCCCGCCUCGAACGUGCACGCAAGUAUGCUUUCGGUUCUUUGAUUGUCUGCGGCAAGAACAACGACAACACCAUUUCGGGUUACUUCCUUAUCCGUGGUCAGACCAUUCCUGAAGAGGUUUACGACGCCGCCGAUUUCGAGUCCUACACGUUCACAAAGAUCGAGCCUUCGCAGUAUGACCAGAAGAAGGACGAGAUCUACAAGUACAUGGCCUGGGAAGUCGAAGGUUUCCAGGAUGGUAAAAUCUUCAAGUAAAAUGAUUCAUUUGAAUGAUCCCAAAUGAAUUCUACCUUAUUUCCUUUUUUUUUUUGUAAAUUUAAUAAUAAAAAGCAAUUGCACAUUUACAAAAUAAUAAUAUCCUAUGAAAUGAACCAAAGAUCUAUACAAAAUGUAUGUAUCAUAAGAAAGGAAGAAAGAUGUGGGAAGAAUUGAAAGACGUAAAAGAAUCUCUGUACAACUCACACAACCGACAAUAUGCAUAUGUAAUUCACAAGCCAUUUCUUUAUAUUCUGAAAAAUAUUCUAUUUCUCUUUCUUUCAGUAUUGAUUGACCUGGCAGAUUUGAUAGAUCAGAUCAGUAGAGAGGAAAGAAAAAUGUAUUCUACUCAUGUCAUGUCAUAUUCUGUCAUAUCGCAUCAUAUACAUUGUUACACCCAAGAUUAUAUGUAAAUUGCUUUGAUUUGUAAUAAAUUCAAUACCC